GACCAGACGGAUUAAACCCGCAGCGACUGUGGGAUUAAAUUCUAUUCGUCACGUGGCUCGUCGCGCUCCCCGUCUGUUUCUCGCGCGCUGGUUUCUAAACACUCUCUCAUCUAAGUUCUUGCUCUAUUUUCUCACUAUGAACAGCACCACCUUCACCACGAUUAAAAAGCCGACCGUCCGCGCAAAACAAUGGCAGCUAGACAUUCUAAAGAGAAUGCACGCAGAGGAGGCUCGACCGUCAACUUCCCAAAGGCAUAAACUGGCUGUGGAGACUGGCCUGUAGGUUCAACUCUAAUACCACCUACCCUUCCGGCGAACAUAUAAGUAUUACAGGGAUGAAGCGUGGAUCAGGAACUGGUUUAUGAGAAAAAACAGGGUGCCUCGCGCUCCGGUUCAGAUGGAACCGCUAAUGCGAGUAAUAAAGUUGGAUCCGCCAGAACCCAACACCUCUGACGCAUCAAGGUCCCAAGGUCCCUCUCCUUCGCAUCCCAUGGUGCCCCAGGGAACGUCAGAUCUUCCUCCGACGUCAGAAUCACUUCUCGCUUCGGUCGACAGAGCAGACAAGGUUAACCCAACGCAGAGGCUGGCUCCCAGAUACAUUCUCCCGAACUCAGUCGAGCCGCGUCCUCUUGGCCACACUUCAGACGCGCCGCCUGCUUUGGCGACCACACCCAGUUCAAGGUCAUCUCACUCGUCCUUGGGAAAGGAAAGAGCAUUGCGGCAGAAUACAAGAACGUGGCGAUACUCCAGGGACCCGCUCCACAACCGAUACCCAAACUUUUCAAAGUUCUUCCUUCCGGCACCUUCUGACACCAUCGGCGACGCUACUAGUAAAACGCCCGAGUUUUCACCAAUCGCCAUGUCAUCCCCGACACACAAUGCUUCGAGCAUCGAUACUGCGCUGUCUCCAGAUUUCACCGAUUCUACCACACAGCUGUAUCCAUCAAUUACGAUGCCUGUAUUUUUUUCCGUAAGAGUAUCCUUGUUGCACAACAUACUGGCGCACGAUGCACAAGACUCGUCAUUCCCCGAUUACUGAGGCUGCACCCAAGGUACGCCCCAUGACCCUGGCCAUCUCCGUAAUUUUAAGACCUUGCAGCACGAAAGAGCCUUUCGGGAGGGUUCGUAGAGGGAUCGUUUGUUCGAGUUGCUUGGGCAGGUUCUGUAGAAAGACCUCGCGCUCAGCUAGGAGUGAUCCACUAAUUACAUUCGCCUUUCCUCUGUACUGUUACAAACUGCGGUAUCUUAGCAAUCCACUAGUCCAUUCACAACGAGCCUUCUUACCUGGUCCGUGAGAGCUGAGUCGCGGUACCAGGAAAACAUGGAGUUGAGCGAUUUUUGAAGCUCGACGUUGCUAUUCUGGUCGGUGCAGCAUAAGUCGAUCCACGCCCAGUGAUACCCCGCA